AUGGUUGCAGCAUCUGGAGGCUCAAUUGAAUGGCUUAUAUCAACUCCAACACCUGCAGGAGGUUUGUUUUCAAUUGAUUCAAAUUCUUCAUUACGAGAUACUGGGAGUUAUAUAUUCACUGUUUAUGGAGCAAAUCAAACUCAUGCAGGAUAUGGAUAUAAUGAAAAUUGUGUUCAAGGAACAUUCGGAAUAGCAGGAUAUAUAGUUAAUGAUAAUGUAGAUUGGGGAGCAAUAGGAGGAAAUGGAUAUUAUGCUGGUUGUUCGACAUCAAAUAGUGGUGGAUCUACAGGAGGUUCAUCAUUUAUUUCAGGUCAUCCUGGUUGUGAUGCAAUUUCAAAUGAAUCAUCUUCAUUUGAAAACAUCAUUCAUACAGGACAACCAAUACAUUACAGCAAUAUUUCUUUCUUCAAUACUAAGAUGAUUGAUGGCCAAAAUAAAAUUCCAGUUCCAUGGUCACAUUAUGACGAAAUCAAUGAAACAGGACACAAUGGAAAUGGUUUUGUUCGAAUUACCGUUCUUGAUGAAGCUAUUGUUUUGACAUGUAAACCUAUUAAUUCAUUAUCAUCUAUUAAUAUUUUACCACAUCUUGUCUUUAUUUCUCUUUCAUCAUAA